AUGAACUACUCCUGUUUUUUCGGUAGCAUCGCGUUAAAUCGACCAGAUUAUCGAAUAGUGAUGAUCUUAUUAUACGUAAUUACAGGAAUACCUGCAAUCAUUCUCAAUUCUCUCGUACUGUACUCAAUCUGGAAGACACCUCUGUUACACAAGCCUUCCUACAUCCUGCUUGCGAGUCUUGCCUUGUCAGAUCUUCUGAAUGGAUCGUUUGGACAGCAACACACUGUAUCACCAAGCAAUGAAAGCAAGUUGGCUACAAACAUAGACAUCAAUGUGGCCAAGUAUCGAAAAUCCCUGAAGACAAUGUUACUUAUAUUUGUGGUCCUAAUUUUGUUCUAUUUUCCAUAUGUGACUUCUGCUAUUGGUUCUGCAGUUGUAUUGGCUGCGAAUAAAGCAUCUCCCAGUAAAGGAAUCAAGACUACGAUUUACCAGUUCAUAACUUCGUGUGAGCUGCUUGCAUUUGUGAACUCUACUGUUAAUCCUCUGAUGUAUCUUUGUCGUAUGAGAGACAUUCGUAAAGCAGUUGUGGCGGUAGUCAAAGGAAUCUUUCCACGCAAACGUUUGACAAAAGAGAACACAGUUUCCAUCCAAGACGAAUAAUUAAAUAUAUGGGAUUUAAAAGUGGCAUGAUUUCCAUAGAGUGGCUUUUCAUCCGAUCCACUGAAAUUCCAACUGGAAUUUAGGAGUUACUUUUUGCGUAGGUGAGCCUCGGAAAACCGGAGAACCCAGAGUAGAACCCUCGAAGCAGGGGAGAGAACCAACAAGCCGACUCACGGCACCGCACGUAUCGAGUACGAGAAUC